AACAUACAUGCAUUGGACUAAAUUUCAGUAAAAAUGAAAUCUUCCUUCAUCUCGAUUAGAAAUUUGCCAUCAUGUAAAAAUUUUGCUCGUAAUAAAUCUAAAUUCGUCCUAAUUGUGAUAUUUGCCUCGGCUCUGUUGAUGUUUGGAAUUACAAGUUAUUAUUUUCUGCUAUUAUUCUCGCCCAAUUUAUCAUCACUCCCAAGUGCGGAAGAGUUAGUGAAGGAUUUAAUAUUUACGAAAGGAGUGUCCGCUCAAAAUGAUCCAAUUGUUGUAAACUAUUUAAUCAAUCAUCACUUAAUCAGUCCAAAUUUUGGGACAGAUUAUAAUCUGACAAAUAUCCUUAACCCGCAACAACUCGACAUUAAUGUGCAGUCAGCGUUACGACACGUGUUUGGAGGGAGGAUACCGGAAAAUGGAUUUUUCGUCGAAUGUGGAGCCAAUGACGGUGAAUUUCUCUCAAAUACGAUUCAGCUCGAGAUGGAAUUAGGGUGGACAGGAUUGCUAAUUGAAGGAUCUCCUUCUUUGGUGAAAAGUUUGACCAAUACAAACCGGAAGGCUUGGGUGGCAGACGUUUGUCUCAGUGGGGAGAAGCCGAUACAGGUCGACUUUCUCCGCCAUGCAAAUACAUUUCCUCCCUGGAGCGGUGGAGCUGGCAAGAUUAAGGAGCGCAAAACUACUACUCAAACCGGAAAUGGUAUCGAAAAAGCCACCCCCACAAAUUCUUAUGGAACAGAUUUGUUCACUUCGGAAGGUGUGGUCGAGUGCUUUCCGUUAUACGCAAUUCUCUCAGCAAUUAACGUGAGCCGGGUGGACUUGCUCAGUUUGGAUGUGGAAGGACAUGAGUAUCAAAUCUUGAAAGCUGUUCCAUUCCAUUCAGUCGAUAUUAAGGUCAUAUUCGUGGAAUAUUUUCUCGCACCUGAGGGCGAACAAGGGAUCAAGACUUUGCUGGCGGAGAAUGGAUUUAAACUUUGGGCAAAGACUGGAUCCGACAUGGUGUUUGUGAACAAACAAACUGAUUAUGUCAGCCCUUAAAUAGUAUAUAAUGAAUUAGCGUCUAAAUUAAUUUAGACCCAGAGUCUGGUUAAUCCGGGAUUACGGAUUGAGAUUGGGAUUGGGGAUUAAUUAAUCCUUAAUCCCAAUCCUCAAUCCGCAAGUUUUGACUUUUAAUCCCUAAUCCUCAAUCCCAAAAAGUUUU